CCUUCGGUCUUCUUCCCCUUCUCCGUGUCCAUAUGUAGCUGCCACGGGAGAGCGGCGACUGACUCACUGACUCACUGGUCUCUCUUCCGGUCUCCCCCCUCCUCGGCCAUCUCGUCCACCGCAAUUCCGUCGCAGCUACAGCCGGCGGGGAGCAUCUCUCCUUCGCCGCCCGCCGUAGAGACGGCCGGCCGCCGCCAGCAGCGGCCAGAUCUGGGCUCAGGCGAGAGAGGGAGACCGACCAGUCUCGAAUCCACCAUUUCCCUCUCUGCACAACGGAGGGAUUCGGACGGCGCGCGCGUCGCCAUUGCUCCGGAGCUCUAAGCCAGAUCGAGAGAGCCAGCCGGGGAGGCGCCUGCCAGCCAGCCAUGGCGGACCUGGCGGUCGGGCUGUCCAAGACGGUGGUGGCGGAGGCGCUGACCAAGGUGCAGUCGGCCAUCGACGAGGACAACAAGCUCCGGCACAAGGCGCAGCGGGACCUGGUGACCAUCACCCUCGAAUUCGAGAUGAUGCAGUCCUUCCUGAACGUCGCCAACGGCGGGAGGGCCGCCGCCAUGAACAACCUGGUGAGGACCUGGGUGAGGCACGUCCGCGAGCUGGCCUACGACCUGGAGGACUGCGUCGAGUUCGUCGUCCACCUGGACGGCAAGCCGGUCUUCUGGCGCCGCCUGCUCCCGGCGUGCGUGGUCGGCCCGCUGCCGCUGGACCAGGCGGUGGCGGAGAUAGAGGUGAUCAAGGGCAGGGCGGAGGAGCUGAGCGCGUGCUACUCGCGCUACAGCUGCAUCGGCGAGCCUGUAUCCAACCUCGUCAUGCUGCAGCAGCAGCAGGCUUCCGGCCGGGGCGCCGGCGCGGUGGCGGCCGACAUGCUCAUCGAGGCGAGGGAUUCGGCGAAAAGGCAGCAAUUCCUGGGUGAUCUGGCCCAGCUUAUCACGAACAAGGACAAGGACCUUCAGGUGAUCUCGGUGUGGGGGACAUGCGGUGAUCUUGGGACAACCUCGAUCAUCAGGAAGGCGUACAAUGAUCCGGAGAUCUGCCGGAGCUUCGCCUGCCGCGUCUGGGUGAAGCUCAUGCAUCCUUUCAAUCCCCACGAGUUCGUGCGGCGGUUCAUGGCACAGGUCUACACCGCAGACGCUUGCGUCGACAAGGAAGGAGCAGAUGUGGGUGUACAUGUCCUGGCAAAAAUGGAGGCCAUGCAGGAAGAUGUGAGUGUGCUCAGACGUGAGUUUGUGCAGGAAGUCAACACCAAGACUUACCUCGUCGUGUUGGAGAACCUAACUGACAUGGUAGAUUGGGAUGCUGUGAGGACGUUCCUACCUGACAUGAAGAAUGGCAGCUGGAUCAUCGUGUCGACGCAGCAAUUCGAGAUUGCAAGCUUGUGCAUCGGACAUGCUUACCAACCACUGGAGCUCAAGCAGUUCUCACCUGAGCACUCGGUUUGUGCAUUCUUCAAGGAGGGUUCUCAAGACUAUGGACCCAAAGAAGAGAAACCAAUGGUGUGUGAAGUGAGCCCGAAUUCGUCCUUGGAAAAGAUUCCCUCCUCCAAUAUUAAAGGGAUUGAGGACUGGAUGAAAAAUUAUCCCCUUGUCGGACGUGAGUUAGAGAUGACUGAGCUUCGCAGCUAUACAGCCAGGGUACGCUUCAGCAAUUCUCCAGUUAUAUCUGUUUGGGGGAUAGCUGGCAUUGGGAAAUCAGCUCUUGUUAGAAACUUGUACUAUGACAGAAUGCUUAAUAGCAACCAAUUUAACAAGUACAGUUGGGUGGAUGUAUCGCAUCCAUUCAAUUUAAGGGAUUUUUCUCGGAGCUUACUGUUGGAUCAUCAUUCAGAAAAAGACCCCAUUAAAGAGUGCCGUGAGCUACUGAGCGAAAAUCAGUGUCUCGUCGUUAUUGAUGAUCUCCAGUCCAAAGAAGAAUGGGACUUAAUACAGUCUGCAUUGGUAUCUAGACCUUCUUCAAGUGUUAUCAUUGUUAUUACAACUGAAGCCAGCGUUGCCACAUAUUGCACAAAUAACGAAGGGCAUGUCUUUAAUGUCAAAGGUCUAGAAGCUGUAGCGCCCAUGGAUCUCUUCAGGACAGAGGUACACAGGAAGAAUCCUUUAUCACCUUUAAAGGAUCACGAAGAUGUGGAGCUAGAAGAGCUUAUUUUGAAGUGUGGAGGUCUUCCCAAAGUGAUAGUUUCUAUAGCUGCCUUAUUGGCCACACAGACGGUAACAUUGAUGGAUACCGUGCGCUCAUUGAAUCAAAAAUUUAUGCAGCAUCUGGAGACCAAUCCGGAUUAUGAGUGUCUCAAGGGCCUGUUUGAUUGGAUGCACUCGUACUUCCGUACUUGCCCAGAUUCCCUCAAGCCAUGUAUCUUCUACCUGUCAAUUUUCCCUCGACACCACGGCAUUCGGCAAAGGCGACUAGUAAGGAGGUGGAUUGCAGAAGGUUACUCUAGAGACAGUGAUGAAGAAUCUGCUGUUGACAAAGGGGAGAACUUCUUCUCCAAGCUCCUCGAGCUGAGCAUAAUUCAGCAGAUACCACAGUUAGUCACCACUGCAUACAAUGACACCAGCAUGGUCUCGUGCCAGGUCAAUGGCUUCAUCCGCGAGUACAUUGUCUCGCGCAGAAUGGAAGAGAACCUUGUGUUUGAACUUGGGCCCAAUUGCGUCCUAACCACCCACCGCACAGGGAGACACCUUAUCAUAUUGAGAGACUGGGACAGAGACAAGAUUGUGUUUGAGAGCAUCGACUUCUCACGGCUACGCUCGCUGACAGUGUUUGGAAAGUGGGAAUCGUUCUUCAUCUCCAAGAGUAUGAGGCUACUUCGGGUGCUUGAUCUGGAGGACGCACUGGGUGUAAAGGAUGAAGAUCUUGAGAAGAUGGUGAAGCGGCUGCGUCGCCUGAAGUUUCUCUCUUUACGAGGAUGCGGUGAGAUCUUGCAUCUGCCAAGCUCGCUCGGCGAUCUCAGGCAGCUCCAGACUCUGGAUGUGAGGCACACCUCCAUACUCAAACUGCCAGCGAGCAUCACAAGGUUACAGAAGCUGCAGUACAUCCGCGCCGGCACCACCGCCCGAGCAUCAGCACCGCCUGCCUCAUCCAGCAGGCUGCCAAAGUUCCACAGACGCCGCGGCCUGUUUGGUAUCAAGGUGCCCAAAGGGAUCGGAAAACUGACGGCGCUGCACACGCUCGGCGUCGUCGACGUCGGUGCUUCGGGAGGGAAGGCCGUAGUGGAAGAGCUCAGGAAACUCACCCAGCUGCGCAAGCUCGGAGUGUCUGGCAUCAACAGGCAUAACAGCAAGGACUUCUUCUCUGCAACCUCAGGCCUUGUGCAUCUGGAAUCCUUGCUGGUGCGGCUGGGCAAGGACAGCCAAGGCUGCCUGGACGAAAUCACCCUGCCUUGGGAGAACCUGCGGAGCCUCACACUCCACGGGCUUCAAGACAAGCUGCCACCAUCAAAGAACCUCAGUAAGCUCAUGAAGCUGGAUCUGGAGAUGGACGCCUUAAAGGAAGACGACAUCAAGUUCCUAGCCAACCUACCGGAGCUAUGCAUCCUGCGUCUCCGGGUCGGACAGCUUCAGGAUGGUAAGCUCCAUUUUCACGCCAAGAUGUACGGGGAGGAGCUGGUCACCUUCAAGAAGGUGAAGAUCCUCGAGAUCGCCUCCGGCGCCAGCGAGCUGCACGUGACCUUCGGGUUGAGGUCGAUGAAGAGCCUCGAGCUGCUGAAGAUCGACUGCUCCAGCGUGUCGUACCAUCUCACGGGCCUGAACUUUCUGUCCGAGCUCAAGGAGGUCUUGCUCCAGGGUACCAAUGAUGAGGCGAUCAAGAGCAACUUGGAGACCCAGCUUGCAAACCAUCCCAAGGCGCCUACCGUGAAGCUGGAGGAACUGCCGCGUUCAUCCUGAAGGGUCGACGCCAUCUCUGUUUAUUUCACUUGUUUCUGCUUACCGUGAGCUCUGAUCCCGUCGCUGCAAUCAGUCCUUCAGCUUGUUUACCUUUGGUUUUUUGUGCAUCAGUACUGUUGUUGAAAUCUUUACUUUUUUUUUUGUGAAACGGAUGUUGUUGAAAUCUUGACUGUUACAAGUUACAACCGUGUGUUCCUUGAGAAAUGUACCACGUUCAAUUCUCAUA